UAAAAAUAAAUCAUUCUUUCUUAUAUUGUGCUCUAAAAUGACAUAAGAAAACCGUAAUUAUAAAUGUGUUGAGUCCUCAAAAAACAGAUGAGAACGACACUCUACUGCAGCCACUUUCGGAUGGCGUUCAAGCACAGCAACGUUCUCGUCUGCGCACCACUGGAACACCGCAGCAUCCAAGAAAUGUCAGCUUCCAUGGAGAAGGCCAAGUCAGAAGGUGCAGACAUUGUUGAGCUUUGCCUUGACUCCAUCCCCGCAUCCUCUCUCGCCAUUCCUGAAGAGGUCGGCAGACUCAUAAUGCAGAGAACUCUGCCUUCCGUUGUUUCCUUCAGGCUUAACUCUCCUAGGAUCACCAAGGGUGGCUGUAAGACAACUUGCCUGCAAGUUCUGAAAAGGGCAUUGGAGUUAGAUGUGGAAUUCGUAGAAAUGGACUAUGAGGUAGCUUUGGAUGCAAACAUGGCAUUCAUGUACAAACGUUCAAAAAGCAAAAUAAUUGUAUCAAGCUAUUUCAACGGUGAGAGGCCAUCAACUGAGAAACUCGGUGAUUUAGUUGCACUAAUGCAGUCCACAGGAGCAGAUGUCAUCAAGCUUGAAAUCGCAGUGGAUUUUAUCACAGAUAUACCUCCAAUUUUUACUAUGCUUACCCAUUGCCAGGUGCCGUUGAUUGCUGUGGCAGUGGGCAGCAGAGGUCUUAUAAGCCAACUUCUAGGGCCAAAAUAUGGUGGAUUCUUAGUAUAUGGAUCUCUUGAGGAAAAACCAGUGCCUGGCUUGCCAACUAUUGCCAGCCUUAGACAAGUAUACAAGCUUGAACAUGUCAAUCCGAAUACCAAAGUUUUUGGCCUAAUCUCAAAUCCAGUAGGCCACAGUAAAGGCCCUCUCCUCCAUAACCCUACCUUCAGACACACUGGUUACGAUGGAAUCUAUGUUCCGAUGCUUGUUGAUGACAUCAAGAAGUUCUUUAAAACCUAUAUAUGCUCAGACUAUGCAGGAUUCAGUGUUGGAAUUCCACACAAGGAAGCAGCAGUGACAUGCUGUGAUGAGGUCCAUCCCAUGGCUAAGUCGAUAGGUGCUGUAAAUACUAUUAUAAGGAGGCCCCUGGAUGGCAAGCUGGUUGGUUAUAACACAGAUUGUGAGGCUUCCAUUUCUGCCAUAGAGGAUGCACUCAGAGAAAGAAAGUUUACUGGCAAUGGAGCACAGACUUCUCCCCUUUAUGGGAAAAUAUUUGUGUUGGUUGGAGCAGGAGGUGCUGGAAGAGCACUAGCUUUUGGGGCCAAAGGAAGAGGAGCUCGGGUUUUCAUUUUUAACCGCAAUUAUGAAAGAGCAAAAUCUCUAGCGGAUGCAGUCUCUGGAGAAGCUCUACCCUAUGAAUGUCUAGAGAAAUUCUGCCCGGAAAAAGGGAUGAUCCUUGCAAAUUCUUCUGCAAUUGGAAUGGAUCCAAAUUCACACCAAAGUCCUAUCCCAAAGGAGUCCUUGAAAGCAUACGAGCUGGUUUUCGACGCGGUUUACACGCCUAAAAACACAAGAUUGUUGAAAGAGGCUGCGGAGGUUGGAGCCAUUGUUGUGAGUGGAGUUGAGAUGUUCCUCAGGCAGGCUCUUGGCCAAUUCAAGCUGUUCACCGGUGGCUUAGCUCCGGAAGGCUUCAUGCGCAAACUUGUUCUUGAACAAUUCUGAUUUUAACACCAUGUCUCAAUCCAUAUUACACGCCGGAGUUUGUCCCCCUUUUGUUUACAUGGACCCGAUUAUCCAAAUUAAUAAUGGGAGGAAUAUGUCACAGCCUCAUCACAUUAUAUAUAAUUCAGAAGUACUAUCGUCUGCUAUAUUGAUGGUUAAGAUGGAGAUUUGCUCUUUUAUGUUUUAGAUUUUGAUUUUGUCUUCUAUAGAUUGUCAUCCAAACUAGUAAUAAUAUGUAAAAUUUAGUAUUGUUAUCUAUUAGUUGAUGGUUUUAUUUUUUUUUGAUAAAGAGUAGAGUAUGAA